AUGUUAGUUGGUAAAAGAAAAUAUUUCGAAGAUGAGCCAAAUGAAUCAUUGAAUCCGACUUUCGCUUUAAGGAGGCGAAUAAAUCAAGAUCGAAAUAUAGAGACUUUGAGUUAAGCGCGAAGGAGAUUAACAUAAUAAAAUUUGGCAAUAAUUCAGGAGAAAUACCCUUAAAUUUAAUAGUCUGAGAUUACUAGGUUGUUGGAAGAUUUCGACAAUAACAUUGAGAUGGUAUUUGAGAUUCUAGGACAAAAAAUGGCGACCCCUCAAAAGAUUGACAUUGAUAAUGCAGAUUUUGACAACUAUAAAAUUUGUUUAAAAGAAGAAUUAUUGAAGAGACUUCAACAGUCGUAAAACAUCUAGACUGCUUAAUAAAAUAUUCAACUCUGCUUUGAAGCCUUUGAAUAGAAAUUGGGAGAAAAGUUUUAAUAAAAUACUUAAAAGUUACUUGAUGAAAAUAAAUUGCUGAAGCAAGCCUUCCUUAAACAAAACAAGCGGUUAGAGAAAGUGAGAGUGGAUGCAGAAAACAAAGAAAAAUAACAUUAAAAUUAUAUUAAAGAUCUUACAGAAGAAUGCAAACAAUAAAAAUUAAUUAACAAUAAUCUCACAAUAUUAUUAAUUCAAGCUUAACAAAAUGUUUCAAUUAAUAAUAAUAAUAUGGAUCAUGAUAUAUAUUGAGCAAUCAUCUGCACAUUUCGGAUUUUUUAUUUCCCUCUUAGU